UCUUGGUUAAGCAGUCGGAGACAUACGAGCGGGUGAACCUGCACCAGCACUCUCGCUGCAACGACAACUCGGACUCAGCCUCUACCUCCUUUUUUGCUCGGCGAGAGUUGACACCGCUAUUUAUGUAUUUAUUUUUAAGCCCACACUAUCGACAUUUUAUUUGCAUUUGUUGCAAGUAGUAGUUGGAACCGGUGGUGCCUUGCGCAUGAUGCGAGUUGCGGACGCGCAGUGGCUGCUGUUUCUUCUUUCUGCGUGGGAAAUGAGUUGCAUUUAAGAAACUGUAUUUCGAUAUUAAUAUCAUCAUACAUGAGAAAAGGUACGCUUUUUUAUUUUUUUUAUUUCAUACCUUGACCGAGCCAAGUGAGGAUUAAAAGGACACCAUCGGCAGCUGCAGAGUAUAUUUUUUUUCUUCAAAAUUGACGCCAAAUUAUUAUGAUGGUGCUAACCUUCAUUUAACUCUCACGCAACUUUAACGAAAGCGUUCCAAGUUUCUCUUGGUGGCGUUUAUGCGCAAACUCGCACGGCCACAUCAUAUGAUCUGGUUACCUCCUUCUCCAAAGUCGCACGUUUCCCCCAUUUGAGCUCCAACGAGGCUUUUUUCGGACCCAGCGGCCGGUGACUUGUGCCGCCGCCCCGAUGCGUCUCCCCCCUCCGCAGGCGCUCCCGUGGAUCGUAUUGUUGUGGACCGUCGUUGAGUGGCUCCCCGAUGCGAGCGCCAUGGGCUGCCUCCAGAGCAUCGCGUGCAAGCCAAAAACCUUCCGGGACGGCGUCGCGGUGCUGCAGGUGAACGCGUCCAUCGACCCCAACCCCACCAAUAUCGAUGAGUCGUCCGCAGUCAUUCUGCGCUACCGCACGCCGUACUUCCGCGCCCAGGCCCUGGUACUGGUGCCGCCGGUGGCCGCCAACGAGACGUGGACUGUCGGAUGGAUCCAAGCCUGCAACCACAUGGAGUUCUACAACACUUACGGCAGCAAGGGGAUGUCGAGUUGGGAGCUCCCCGAUCUUCGCAACGGCAACAUCCAGGCCAUCAGCGACUCGGAUGGCGUCAACUACCCCUGGUACGGAAACACCACAGAGACGUACACCAUCGUGGGCCCCACACGGAAGGACAGCAAGUUCACCGUCAGCAUGAACGACAACUUCAAACCCAGCAUCACCUGGGCUGUGCCAGUCAGCGACAGCAACGUGGCCGAGCUCACCGCCAUCCGCCGUAACCAGAGCUUCACCACCUGGCUGGUGGCCAUCAACAGGGCUACGGACGAGACCAUGAUCCUGCAGACCAUCCGCUGGAGGAUGCGCAUCCUCAUUCGCGUGGACCCGGAAAAGCCACUGGGUCAGCGGGCCGUCCUCCUGGAACCCAUAGCGCAGGAGCAGCCGCAGAUUCUGGGCGAGAACGAGAGCAUCCCGCCCAAUGCCUUGGUCAAGCCCAAUGCAAAUGACGCCCAGAUGCUCAUGUGGCGUCCUCAGGAAGGAGACCCUGAGGUUGUGAUCCCACCUAGAUACUGACCCCACACACCUUUCAUACCAAAACAGUAUCAACGUUAGCUCUUUUCAAACUGCCUAAAGCCAGUGUUUUUAUGCCUUUCUUCCGUGGCUUUAUUGCACUGAGAUGAUAUCAGUAGGUCAAAAAUAACCCAACAAUGGGCUGAGCUUACUUGGGUCAAUUUGAUCCGACUUUUUAAGUUGAAUGAAUUUACAUAAGAAGUCGGGGUGGCAAUUGGUUGGUUCUGACCCAUAAUUGGGUUAUUUUUGAUCCAACUAACUUUGGUGUAUCAGAGCCAUACCAGAAUUGAGAGGACGCCUGUGUGUAAAGCUUGCGCUGCACUGCUUCUAAUAGAUGGCAUUUUCAUUUUUUAUUUUAUUUCCAAGCAACUAUUUUGAUAUUUGAUGAUACAGAGAGUGAAGAAAAUGUGUGCUAUUUGUGUGAGGUUGAACUCAUGAGUAUUUUAUAUGUCAAACACCUAAUUGUCUGAUGGCGGGAUACUGUAUCGGUGGUAAAGUUGUUACGACUCUGUGUGAAAUAGGGUUGUCUAUCCUGUCUUCCUGUUUUCAAUAGAACUGCAGAAGCUGUGAAGAAAAAAAAACACCACCAUUUUUAUUGGUGCGUCGGAGGUUGAGCCAUUUAAAAACCGGUUUGAACAAAUCACAACAUUUCUACCUUCAAGCUGGCUCGUGCUAAAGGAAGUCACAAAUUUUAAUUGAGUUAUUCAGUGUGUAGUUUUAAGUAUUUACUAUGAUUAUGCAUCGAUUUUGUGCACGUGUGAUUUUAUUUAUAGGCUGGGAGAGUGCAUUUGUGUUUUUGUUGUGUUACACAAUCCAUGCUGCCUUACGUGUAUGUCGCGUUCCGCUCCGUCCAAACCCUUUUAGCCUUAAAAAUGAGUGCAAGGCAGCAUUUUGCCCCAAUGUCCUUGGUCUUCCUUUCAAGAGUCAAAAUCUAGGACUGGACUCUUAAAUGUUUGAGAAAAAAUAAUAAUUGCAAUGUAUUCAAUGGCAAAGAGCAGCUAUUAAUGUAGCAAUAAAACAUGCUUCCCUGCUUUUUUUUUUUUUUUACAUGUUGGCAUAAUGUUGACAGUGAUGCAAAAAGAUAAUGGAUGGAUGUUUUAUUACUAUACCCUUUUUAAAUAAAUGAGUAUCUUUGCA